AUGCUCAAAAACAUGGCGCUCGCCCGAGUCCUUCUAUUCGUGAUUGCUACUGCAGUCGCAGUUCCUACUGCCCCCCUCGGAGGCAGUAAAAUUAUCGUUCGAGAUGUCCUGGACAGCACCCAAACGAUCCCCAAAUGCGCUGCCGCGACGUCCUCAUGUGCGUUUGCGAUCAACAAUGUGGCAUAUAUGAAGUACACCAACAAGCCUGGCUUUAUAGACCAAUCCCCAGACACCAUCACAAUGGCCUUCGACGUGACCAAUAACGCCAACGGUAUCAAGACAGCCUGUAGCUUUAGUAAUGGGAUCUUCAUGGGCCAGUGGACUGACGCUGGGACGAAGUGGUUUCCUUGCGGCGAUCGAUCGCUGGUUGACGAAAAUGGGUCAAAGUACAUGGUCAAGACCACUGCACAGUUCCAUUGGGAUGCAUGGAAAAUGGCUGUGAACCAGACGUGGAUCUGCAGUAAUGACGCUGCUGACAAGCGAUCAAACAUCGCGGCCAGGGCUGAUGUUGCCAUGGCACCGGUUUGCAAGGACUCUGCAACCGAGAGCUACACUUUGAAAGAAUGCUCAGCGCCUGACAUGACGACGCCCGCGAGCGUCGUGUAG